UUUUAUAUUAAAAAUUCUCAACUUUCGAGAGAAGCUUUUCUAAAAUUUCGUUUAAAAUUUGCCGACCGACUCUCUCCUCCCACAUCCUCGCCGCCGACCAAGCCUCUCCUCCUCUUCCUCCGCCUCCAGGCCCUGACCCAAGGCUUCUCUUGCCUUGAAGUUUCCGAAAGUCCAGGAAAUUAAAUAAGACCCUAGCUAGGGUUUUCGAUUUGUUCGCGAAUGGGAAAAAAUGAUUUCUUAACCCCCAAAGCAAUCGCCAAUAGAAUCAAAGCUAAAGGUCUCCAGAAGCUGAGAUGGUACUGUCAAAUGUGCCAAAAGCAAUGCCGAGACGAAAACGGAUUCAAAUGCCAUUGCAUGAGCGAAUCUCACCAACGUCAAAUGCAGAUCUUUGGGCAAAACCCUGACCGGGUCGUAUCUGGGUACUCUGAAGAGUUUGAACGGAACUUCCUUGACCUUAUGAAACGGAGCCACCGGUUCAGUCGGGUCGCUGCCACUGUUGUCUACAAUGAGUUUAUUAAUGACCGACAUCAUGUUCAUAUGAAUUCGACCCAAUGGGCUACAUUAACUGAGUUCGUUAAGUAUUUGGGAAGGACCGGGAAAUGUAAGGUUGAUGAGACACCCAAAGGUUGGUUUAUUACUUAUAUUGAUAGAGAUUCAGAGACACUUUUUAAGGAGAAAAUGAAGAAUAAAAGGAUUAAAUUGGAUAUGGUAGAGGAAGAGAAACACGAAAGGGAAAUUCAGAAGCAAAUUGAGAAAGCUGAGCAGUUAAAAAACCCUUCGGAAGCUGAGGAGGACGAGAAAAAAGCUGUAAUCAAAGAGGUGAAUUUAGAGAAUGGAAUGAAAAUAGGGUUUUCUUUAGGCGGAGGAAGUGUUGUGAAAGGUGAGAAAGGGGAGAGUUCGAGUACUGCUCGGUUGGUUUUCGAAGAUGAAGAGAACGAGAAGAUGAAGGCAAAGGGGAGGAUUGAGAGGAAAGAAAAUAGUGGGAGAAAAAAUGCUUUGGAAGAGUUGAUGAGGGAAGAAGAGAAAGCAAAGGAGAGGAGUAAUAGGAAAGACUAUUGGCUUUGUGAGGGGAUCAUUGUGAAGGUGAUGAGUAAGGCAUUGGCACAAAAGGGGUACUAUAAGCAGAAAGGAGUUGUGAGGAAAGUUAUCGAUAGAUAUGUAGGUGAGAUUGAAAUGCUUGAGAGUAAGCACGUGUUACGAGUUGACCAAGAAGAGCUCGAAACUGUUAUUCCACAAAUUGGGGGUAUGGUAAGGAUAGUAAACGGAGCGUAUCGUGGAUCAAGUGCAAGAUUGUUAGGUGUGGAUACAGAGAAGUUUUGUGCAAAGGUGCAGAUAGAAAAGGGUGUAUAUGACGGCAGAGUGCUUAAGGCUAUCGAGUAUGAGGAUAUUUGCAAAGUUGCUUAAUGAGUUAUGCCUGGAAUUCUGGCUUAUAGUGAUGGAAUUUAAUGUUCAUGCUCUUUGUCAGCUGUUCGUUGGAAAAAACUCCAUAGUUUUGCAAUGCAUGGUUCUUGUUUGGUAAUGUAUCCUUUGCUUGAUAAAUGCUAAUGGUCCUUGUUGAAACUUUAUAUCAGUUACCUGGAAAACUUUCAGCAUUCUACCUCUACAUUUGUUA